AUGGGCUGGUUCUCGAGCUCCCCCAAUAAACCCGAAAAAGCCUCCGAUGGUGGUAAAAUCGCCCCUGAUCGCUCAAGCCGAGACAAAUGUUACAAAGCGCGGGACUCGUUCUUCAGAUGCCUGGAUGAGAACGGCAUCAUCGAUUCGAUAAGAAAAGACGGAGAAGCACGGUCUAAAUGUGGGAAGGAAAUUCAAGAGUUUGAUAGCGCUUGCUCGGCGACAUGGGUGAAAUACUUCAAAGAAAAACGCGUAAUGGAGUAUAGACGAGAUCUGUCGAUUGAGCGGAUAAAACAGGACGAGGCAGCAGCCAAAGGUCAGAAAUAA